AUGUACACCAAUCCAUGCAGGCUCGUGGCUCGCUGCUGCACCCUUGCUGUCGUGGCCGACGCGCUGUCCCUGGCGCCGCUCGACCGCGCGCUCGGCCAGGCGACCCGCGCCGACGGCACGCCGGCGGGCACCGCACCGCCGCCCGCUAGGCCGCCCACCGCCAGCGACGGCCACGGACAUGCGGAGAGCGCGUGGUCCGCCCUCCUGGCAAGCGGGCGCAGGCUGCUCCUGGAGGGCCCUGCCCGCCGCCCGCCCGGGUGGGCGCGGCUGGGGGCGCCCGCGGCGGCGGCGCUGCUGGCCGCCGCGCUGGCGAGCGGGCAGCUAUGCCGGGAGCCCGCCGCGCGCGGCGAGGGCGGGCACGCUGGGGGCGCGCCGCCGCGGCAGGGGCCCGAGGCGGCCAGGCCCGUGUCCUUCCUCUGCUGCCAGCCGCGGCCAGAGGCGGUGGCGGCCCGGCUGCAGGCGGCCGCGGAGCCCGGGGCGCGCCGCGGCUCGGGGGCGGGGCCGGGCGAGCCGGCGGCGGGCGCGCGCCGCCACGCGCGGGGCGCGGCCUCGUGGGGUGCCGCCGCGGCCCAGGCCCGCCACGCGUGA